AUUUCUUCCUUCUAGUAUUCCUGUGUCUUAGAGUAUUAUAAGAAGGUUACUCAGGGCUGCGUCAUUAUCUUCAUAAAUUCAGGGAAGGCUUAAAGAUGGUGUUCAUACCUCAGUUCUUUGUAAUGCUCCUUUUCUGGAUUUCAGACUCCAAAGGGGACGUUGUGCUGACUCAGUCUCCAGCCACCCUGUCUGUGACUCCAGGAGAAAGAAUCAGUCUCUCCUGCCGGGCCAGCGAGAGUGUUGACACUUAUCUACACUGGUAUCAGCAAAAACCAAAUGAGUCUCCAAGGCUUCUCAUCAAGUAUGCUUCCCAGUCCAUCUCUGGAAUACCCUCCAGGUUCAGUGGCAGUGGAUCUGGGACAGAUUUCACUCUCAGUAUCAAUGGAGUAGAGCUUGAAGAUUUAUCAAUUUAUUACUGUCAACAAGGUAACAGCUUGCCCCCACAGUGAUGCAGACCAUAGCAA